UCAACCCACUGUCGGCGAGCCCAAGGGAUGGUUAGAUAUACAGAGCAUUGGGUGAUUUUUAUAAUGUUGAAAGCUUAGCUGGUUUGUCUGUUGUCUGUAGUCUGUACCGUGGGUUUGCGAGGAGGAAACAUUCAAAUCUUUAAGAAAAUGAUACUAUUAUUACCUUGGCUUCCACCCACCUUCCAAAUGGCCCAAACCAAUGUCGUUUCUCUCUUUAUUUAUUCACUUUCACAGCUAAUUUAUCUGAAACCCGUCCUAUUCUUCUACAUCUUUCUAUAAAUCCUCAUUAAACCUCACAUUUUUUUCAAUACCCCACAGCCAAGGUCCCCCCUUCAUUUUCUUUCUUCAGAUUUCACGCUUAUUAGCAGUAUCUUUCUGCAAAUCCUUUUCAAAACUUUUUCAUUUUCUUUAGCCUCAAUCACAUUCCUCUGUGACCACAUACAGAGAAACGUUUUUUAACUCUCAAAAAUGGCCGCAUCUUCUCUUACCAUCUCCCCAAGAAAGCUUCGAUCCGAUCUGUACUCUUAUUCCUAUCAGAAUGAUGCAAACACCCCACUGGUGAUCUCAGUUCUUGCUUCUCUUAUUGAGAGAACAAUGACAAGAAAUGAAAGGAUUGCCAAGAACUGUAAAUGGGCAUUGACAAAAGAUUUCAGAAGCAGAGUUUUUGAUUGCCAUGAGACACCAGACAUGACAAUUCAAUCCUACCUAGAGAGAAUCUUCCGAUACACCAAAGCCGGACCAUCAGUUUAUGUUGUUGCAUAUGUAUAUAUUGAUCGGUUUUGUCAGGCAAAUCCUGGGUUUCGGAUUAGUGCAAGAAAUGUACAUAGGCUUCUCAUUACUACUAUCAUGGUGGCUUCCAAGUAUGUUGAAGACAUGAAUUACAGAAAUUCGUACUUUGCAAGAGUGGGAGGAUUGAAAACAAACGAAUUGAAUAACUUGGAGCUUGAAUUUUUAUUCUUGAUGGGUUUCAAAUUGCAUGUAAAUGUGUGUGUUUUCGAGAGCUAUUGCUGCCACUUGGAGAGGGAAGUGAGCAUUGGAGGAGGAUACCACAUUGAGAGAACUCUAAGAUGUGCUGAAGAAAUCAAAUCAAGACAAAUUGAAGAAAGAAGAUACAACCAGAUUGCUCGCAUUAUGUUGUAAUUACAUCGUUGAGGGAAUUUUCAUUCUUCCUGUUUUGGUUUUGCAAUGGGUUGUAUAAUUUAUACUAUAGUUUCUUGUGUACAGAUUAAUGUAAAAUUUGUGAUGGUUUUGGUUGAAAUUAGGGCCAAUACAGAGGAGUGAUGUAUAACUAUGGUAUGGUUUUCAACUAAUGCAAUAAUAGUAGUAUUUACAUUUCUUAAUUCCAUUCCCAUGGGUUUCCUUUUGCUUACAAAUUUGCAACCAAACAAAGCUUCGAUGCGCCAUUGGCAAGAUAGUGAAAUUUUGGGAACCGGCUGAAACUUGAAAAUUUAAAGCUGAAUGCGCAAUUCUUGGGAUUUAAUUAAGCAGAUUCGAUUUGGUAAAGAUCACAAUUUGGUUUGAAAUUUUAAAUUCCUCAUAUACAACC